CAUUUGUAACACCUUACGUUGAUUAUAAUACUGAUUAUGAAUAUACCGAUAGCGAAGAUGAUGGCACGGUUGCUCUUACUAACAAAGCUAAAGAAAUAUGUCGUGCUUAUGUUUAUUUUUUUCAACGAUUCUAUAUUUCAACUAUAAAGAGUUACCGGCAUUUUAAACCUACGAGCAAAUUUAAUAGUUGGACUGAAUUCCGUAUUGAACCGAAAACAAAGCAAAAUGGUCUCAUCGAUGCCUAUAUAUUGAUGUUUGAGAAAUAUCCUGUUGAUCCCGAGCAAGAGCGUUUGAAACGUACUACAAAAAAACCUACCACAAUAUUAAAGAGAUUUUCCACACCUGUCAUAACUUUCCAAGAGUUUCAUAUUGAGCAUUUGACGAGAUAUUCAUCAAAUUACAAAUUAGGAGAAUGGAUCAUUUAA